CUGCUUCGCACUCUCUCUCUCGAAAUGGCAGCCCUUGUCGCUUGCUCCGCGCUCGUCACGUCGUUCGUCGCCCCUGCGGCGCCGCGCGCAAGCUCCCGCUCGUCCGUCUCUAUGUACUACGGCACCGGCACCUACCAGACGCCUUUCACCUUUGAAGGCAACUCGCAGACCAACGAGUACGUCGGCUACAACGACAUGAUCCGCAACCGUGGCGAUUACUACCGCAACGGUGAGUCGCUUCGCGACGCCGGCCGCACCAACGUGUACGCCGGCAACGGAAUGUCGCGCUACAGCCGCGCCAUGGACCGCAUGUACUCGCGCUCGUACGGGAUGGGCUACGGCGGCGGCUACGGCGGCGGGUAUGGCGGCAUGCGCGGCGGCUAUGGCGGCAUGCGCGGCGGAUACGGGAUGAUGGGCGGAUACGGCGGCGGAUACGGGAUGAUGGGCGGAUACGGGGGCUAUGGCGGCGGCUAUGGCCGUGGCGGCGGGUACGGAAUGAUGGGCGGAUACGGCGGGUACGGCCGCGGCGGCUACGGCGGCUACGGCGGCUACUGAGUCGCGUUCGCCAUUGCGGCGGCGAGGUUGCGGCGGUGCCGGUUCGCAAGACUGCCUGGCGCCGCCCGUCGAUCAGCCGCCGGGCGCGAGGCAUGGGCGGGGCGCGGACCGCGCGCAUGCGGGGCGAGAGAGCGCGCACCAUAAGGUGCACACUCUGGGCCUUCGGGAGGGGCGUGAGAUGAUGGCGGUGCGAUGCACCGCCAGACGAUGGGGCGGUUUUGCCGGCAGACACUGGACGAGGCGCGGCAUAGUGCCCGCGGGGUGUGUAAGAGUCGUGUGUUAUCGUUGUUGUCAUGUGCUCGAAUUACGUAUAUUUGAAUGAUGUCAAGAGUCGAAGAUCGUAGGA